AUGGAUGCGAACAAGUUUUUGGAGAUGCGAAGGCAGAUGGAAGAAAAUAACCAAGACAUAAAAGAUUUUUUGGGUGAUUUUGACAAAUGGAAAUCAGAAGUUGAAGGAAAAAGCCUAAGAUUAAAGGGUAAAUUAGCUGCUGAUGAAAAUUUGCCACCGAUUCGAAAUAUUUUCCACAAGAAAAGAAAGAAGAAAAAUAGUUCAAAGAAAAAGGCUUGGGACAAAUUCGACGUAGAUAAGGCUUUAGAGGAAAUCGAUGUACCAGAAAGUGUAAUAUCAGAUAGCGAAAGUGAGACAGAUGAGGAAUGGGAGAAUGAAAGGCGUUUGAAACUCUCUGAGGUAGAGAAGGAUGAAGGAAAUAGAUUAUUUAAAGAGGGAAAGUAUGAGGAUGCCGUAGAGAAGUACACUACAGCUAUUCGACUGGCUCCAGAAAAUCCUCUUCUCUAUACAAAUCGUGCUAUUGCUCUAUACAAAUUAGAACGAUACGCGUCCUCUGAAAGCGAUUGCUCAAUUGCACUCAGCAUGAAUGCGAGGCUUGUCAAGGGUUUCUAUAGGUGA